UUCGCUGCAUCCUGCUUGUCAGCCUCUUAAACCCUCUUCUCACAACAACAAUAUGCUCUAAACUCUUCCAUAUCCUCAGCUUCAGCCAAGUAUGCCCCGGUCGCAGCAGCCAUAUCUGAAUCCGCCCAAGCUACGGCGCAUGUCCCAGGACCCACCUUUCUUGGUCAGACGAUCGACCCGAGAAUUACUCUCAGAUCAUCGACACCGUCGCAUUGGCGAUUCCCAUUUGCUCAAGCAGCGGUCGGAAAAAACGAGGAUACGGACUGCUGGAGUCACGUUACGGGCUCUGGCAGAAUAUGCACAGCGAAGAGGGUUGCAGUAUCGUAGGCGACAAACCAUACUGGAUCUUACUCGUUUCACCAAACCGACGAAGGUCACAUCACAACCACGGGACGAGCAGGAUCAUAUUCCUAUCGUCCUGCUGUCUCCCUUGAAUGCAGUAUGCUGCGAAGAGCUUGUUCCAAACGUGCAUGGAUGUGUAUACACGGCAUCUCCGACGUUCGAGAAAGUCUGUCAACUAUCGACAUUCCACCUUUUCGUACGCUUGGAGCCACCAGGCAAUACCCUCGAAAAGGCGCGAUACUAUGGUAUCUACACCGCCAGAGAGGGACAGCGACCGCUUAAUAAUGUCGAAUGGCAACGACUCGCUCUGCAGGAAAAGACUUCCGUUCUGAACCUGCACGAGGUCUUCGAUCCGGAAGUCCCACGAGAGGAGAUGAAGAAAGCGUACGAUGCGGGAGGGCGCGAAUUGACGACUGUUCUUCUGGAGAAUCGGGGCUUUGAUCGCAAUUUCUAUGACGAGGUCAUGGCUAUCGACAUCAGUCUCGUUCAUCCCGUGGCACUCCCCGAAUGUCUCCGCAGGAAGUCGGUCGACUGGAAGAAGGUGCAUGAAGAGUGGAUGGAUGAAAUGGCUGCAGACAUGACGCGUGCGACAUCAUUGCCUUGCAUCGACUCUGACAGACCAUCGAUGAAGCUGGAGGGCUACGCGGAGGAGCAGAGGAUAAAGAGAAGGGCGACGAUUUGACGUCCUGGCUUGUUGGGAGAUGCUUACUAGCUAACCUGGGACCGUUGAUUUCACUCUGGGACUUGAACAUUAGACCAUACAAUGUUGUGUUCGCCCAUUGACUUUAAAUCCGAACGUUACAAGUAUACGAGAUACAAUCUAUCAACCAUACGCUCAC